GAUAACUACACUGUAAUCUUUCAACUUUAUCGGUUUUCUCCACUACAUUACUCCAUUUUGGCCCAAAAUGGAGCUGAAAAGCAGCAAACGCCGCCAAUUCAUCAGCUCUGCAAUUAACCGGUGGCUCUUCAGCAUUACAGUCGUCGGCUUAUUUUCCGGCGCCUUGCUCGUCGCCUUUUUUAUCGGUUUAGCCGUAACUCCUCGCUCUUCCCUCUGCAACCACCACCACCACCCCAACAAAAUCUCGCAAACCAAGAAGACAAAUCUAAAAUCCAAACCCGCACAACUCAGCCCGGACUUCAACUCCACCACCUCAUGGACGGAGCUCCACAUGGACGCCGUCGUUCAUUACGCCACCUCCCGCUACGUCCCACAGCAAUACCUUCACGAGAUCCAGGUUUCCUACCGGGUACUCAAGGCCCGAUUCCCAUGCAAUUUCCUGGUAUUCGGACUCGGGCAUGACUCCAUCAUGUGGGCCUCGCUCAACCCGGGCGGCACAACUCUGUUCUUGGAAGAGAAUCCCAAGUGGAUGGAGACUGUACUGAAUCGGGCCCCGCAUCUUCGGGCCCAUGCCGUCGAGUACCGGACUCAGUUGUCCCAGGCCAAUGAGCUUCUGGAACAUUACCGGGCCGAACCGGAUUGUUGGCCCGGCAAAUCUUUCAUACGCGGGAACGAUAAAUGUAGGCUGGCGUUGAACAUGCUGCCGGAGGAGGUGUACGAGAAGGAGUGGGACUUGAUCAUGAUUGAUGCUCCGAGAGGGUCUUUUGCGUCGGCCCCGGGGAGGAUGGCUCCGAUUUACUCGGCGGCGGUCAUGGCGAGGAACCGGAAGGGACCCGGUGUGACCCACGUGUUCGUGCAUGAUUCCAACCGGAAGGUGGAGAAGUUUUACUCGGAUAAGUUUUUGUGCCCCAAGUAUUUGACGGAGACCGCCGAGAGACUCCGGCAUUACGAGAUUCCGGCGGCCACAAAUCCCGACGACAAACAGCCGUUUUGCUGACCUGUUAAACGUGUCUUGUCGCGUAGUAACAACUUGUAGACUAUUUUUGUAGUAGUAUGGUAAAAUGUCACAUGAUUUUCAGUAAGUUGGGUAAAUUGUUCUUUUUCUCCUUCACUCAUUGAAUGAUUUGAGAAAUCGUCAAAUUGAUGAAAUUCAAUAUCUGUCCG